AUGGCCUGUUCUGAAGACACUGAGAAGCAGCAAUAUUCAAAAGAGGUCGCCAUUGCACCGAAAGAUGCACCCUCCAGGCCCAAUGCUCGCCCAGCGUGUUUCCGCUCGACGGCACAGGAGAUUCUGUUCAUUCUAACAGUUACAAUGGGUGUAGCCAUGCCAAGUCUCCUUCAAGGAAGUACCAUCGUCAUAUCUUCUUUUGUGAGAAAAGACCUUAACAUGACGACUUCUCAGACAACAUGGAUCACAGCCUCCUCGGCCUUAACUUCAGGUUCUUUCCUCCUAUUCUUUGGCAAGGUUGCGGAUCUGUUUGGUCGAAGAGGCAUGCUCAUCGCCAGUCUUUUCCUGUUCGCCGUUUUCUCCCUUUCGGCAGGAUUCUCGCACAAUGCCAUUACCCUAGACGUUCUCAACGGAGUUCUGGGCUUGUUCUGUGCAUCAACUGUCCCCCCUGCUCAAGGUAUCCUUGGUAGCAUAUACGAGAAGCCAUCUAAGAGGAAGAACUACGCAUUUGCCUGUUUCAGUGCAGGUAAUCCGCUUGGAUUUGUGUUCGGCUCUAUCUUUUCCGGAGUUGCGACACAGCUCUUUGGAUGGCGUGCAUCAUUCUGGCUACUUGCUAUCAUCUACUUCGUAGUGGCGAUUGUGGCUUGUUUUAUAGUCCCAGUGGAUGACAGUGAGAAGCUCCCUCUCUCAAUUCAGACGAUGAAAAAGUUUGAUGUCGUUGGCGCAACAUUGACUAUUGGUGGUAUUGGUCUGCUUUCCUUUGGUCUCAGCGUUGGCUCAGAUGCUCCCCUGGGGUGGAAGACUCCAUACGUGCUAGUCUUAAUCAUAUUGGGUAUCCUGAUGAUUAUUACUUUCGUAUGUUGGGAGUGUUGUUUUCCAUAUCCACUCAUGCCAAUGAAUGUUUGGCGCGAUAAGGAGUUCUCUCUGCUGAUCGCAAUUUUACUACUUGGUUUUCUUGCUUUUCCGCCGAUGACAUUCUUCGUGGCACUGUAUCUUCAAGAGCUAUGCAGAUAUUCUGCAUUGAUGACGGCGGUACACAUGCUUCCUAUGGCAAUUAGCGGGAUCAUCGUGAAUGUCAUUGCCGGGCUGGUGUUACAUGCGGUUUCCAAUAAGUUAUUAAUGGGAAUAGGAGCUGCUGCCUACACCAUGGCUUUCCUUCUCGUUGCUGUCCAGCGCUCCGGUGACUCAUAUUGGGCAUUUACGUUCCCGGCCCUGGCCAUUGUUGUCGUCGGAGCCGAUCUUGAGUUCAAUGUUGCCAAUAUGUAUGUUCUUUCCUCCUUGCCCAAAUCGCAACAGUCCAUAGCCGGCUCUAUCUUCCAAACAGUCUCAAAACUCGCUGUCACUAUUGGCCUCGGCAUCGGUACAGCGAUCCUUAAAAGUGUUUCUGAGAAUCCUGCAACCUCCGGCUACUACGCACACGAUCCCUUUGAGCCAUACUCUGCAACCUUUUGGUUUGCCAUGGCAUGUACCUUCAUCAGCCUGCUCCUCGUGCCGUUCCUCAAGAUUAAGACUCAGGGCCAUGAAUAAUAGUAUUAGAAGAGUCUCGG